UAUACCCCAUAAUCUUUGCGUCGGCAAAUUUUUGCUUGCUAUUUUAACAAAAACUGUGCCCGUUGCUGUCGGAAGGCAUCAUACUGUGUGUGUGCGCUCUAGAUUAUUAUUGAAGAAAGCAAAGUCAAGAAUCGGCGAUUGCAAUAAUCUUUCAUCAUCUUUUGAACAAGCUCCGAUUGAUAAUACUUCCUGCAGAUCUUGUUUGAGCGAAAUAUUGUUAUAAUGGCACAAGAAGGACAGGAUAUGCCCACAUUCAAGUGCGUGCUGGUCGGCGAUGGUGGCACUGGCAAAACGACUUUCGUCAAACGUCAUAUGACUGGCGAGUUCGAGAAGAAAUAUGUGGCCACGCUGGGCGUCGAGGUACAUCCAUUGAUCUUCCACACCAAUCGUGGUGCCAUUCGCUUCAAUGUAUGGGACACAGCCGGUCAGGAGAAAUUCGGUGGAUUGCGCGAUGGCUACUAUAUUCAGGGCCAGUGUGCCGUCAUUAUGUUCGAUGUAACAUCGCGUGUCACUUACAAGAAUGUGCCCAACUGGCACAGAGAUUUGGUGCGCGUUUGUGAGAACAUACCCAUUGUACUGUGUGGCAACAAAGUGGAUAUAAAGGAUCGCAAAGUCAAGGCCAAAAGCAUUGUAUUUCAUCGAAAGAAAAAUUUGCAGUAUUACGAUAUUUCUGCAAAAUCGAAUUACAAUUUUGAGAAACCAUUCCUUUGGCUGGCUCGCAAGCUGGUUGGCGAUCCAAAUCUAGAGUUUGUUGCAAUGCCGGCGUUGUUGCCGCCUGAGGUGAAAAUGGACAAAGACUGGCAGCUGCAAAUUGAGCGCGACUUGCAGGAAGCGCAAGCGACUGCAUUGCCCGAUGAGGAUGAGGAUCUAUAAGCAUUAGUUAACAACAACAAACAAUAUAAAAAAAAACUUGGAAAUAAACAAAAAUAAAAUAAUUACAAAAACAAAACUGUGU